GCGAGCGCGUGUGGAAGUGGUCGUGCACCUUCUGCGAGCCGAGGUAGGCAGGUCUCGCUCUGUGUGCGGCGACGGGAGCCUGCUCGGUCUCGCCGGGGGUCUCCCCCUGAGAGCCUUGGUUGGAAGUGUGCACACCUAGGGGAGAGACAGACCCUGCAGCCCGCUCCUUUCUCCCGGGGGAGAUUGAUAGCGUCGGCCUAGCGUGUGACCAACCUCCUUCGGUGCGGCUGGUUGAGAGUUCCGGGGAGGUUUGGGAGCAGGGUAGCUGGGCUACACGGAAACCGCCAAGGAACCGACGGUGGAGGUGGACCUUACGGGCGGGGCUGCUCCAGCACACGCAUCAGAACCGCCCCUUGGAAGCCGCUCACUGUUGGUCUUGAAGUCUCUUGUAUACCUGAGUGAGGAGAAACCAGUAUGUCAGGGUGGGAGUCCUACUACAAAACCGAGGGUGAGGAAGAAGAGGAAGAGGAGGAGGAGAGCCCUGAUGCAGGUGGAGAAUAUAAAUAUUCUGGAAGAGAUAGUUUGAUUUUUUUGGUUGAUGCCUCCAGGGCCAUGUUUGAACAUCAGGGUGAUGAUGGAUUGACUCCUUUUGAUAUGACCAUUCAGUGUAUUCAGAGUGUAUACACCAGUAAGAUAAUAAGCAGUGAUCGAGAUCUCUUGGCAGUGGUGUUCUUUGGUACCAAGAAAGACAAAAAUUCAGUGAAUUUCAAAAAUAUUUAUGUCUUACAAGAUCUGGAUAAUCCAGGUGCUAAGCGAGUACUAGAACUUGACCAGUUUAAGGGACAGCAGGGAAAAAGCCAUUUCCAAGAUGAAAUUGGCCAUGGAUCUGACUACUCACUGAGUGAAGUGCUCUGGGUCUGUGCCAACCUCUUCAGCGAUGUCCAGUUCAAGAUGAGUCACAAGAGGAUCAUGCUGUUCACCAACGAAGAUGACCCCCAUGGGAAUGACAGUGCCAAAGCCAGCCGGGCUAGGACCAAAGCCAGCGAUCUUCGUGACACAGGUGUCUUUGUGGACUUGAUGCACCUGAAGAAGCGCGGCGGAUUUGAUGUGUCCUUGUUCUACAGAGAUAUCAUCAGCACAGCCGAGGAUGACAGUCUCGGGGUUCACUUUGAAGAAUCAAGCAAGCUGGAGGACUUGUUGAGGAAGGUUCGCGCCAAGGAGAACAGAAAGCGAGUGCUUUCCCGGUUAAAGUUUAAACUUGGUAAAGAAGUAGCACUCACUGUGGGCAUUUAUAACUUGGUCCAGAAGGCUUACAAACCUUAUCCGGUAAGACUGUAUCGGGAAACAAAUGAGCCAGUGAAAACCAAGACCAGGACGUUCAAUGUAAACACAGGCGGUCUGCUCCUGCCCAGCGACACUAAGAGGUCUCAGAUCUAUGGGAGUCGUCAGAUUGUACUAGAGAAAGAGGAAACGGAAGCAGUAAAGCAGUUUGAUGAGCCAGGCUUGAUUCUCUUGGGUUUCAAGCCCGCAGUGAUGCUGAAGAAGCACCAUUACCUGAGGCCCUCUCUCUUUGUGUACCCUGAGGAGUCCCUCCUGACAGGGAGCUCAGCCUUAUUCAGUGCUCUGCUCACCAAGUGUCUGGAGAAGCAGGUCAUGGCAGUGUGCAGAUACACACCCCGCAAGAACACCUCUCCUUAUUUUGUGGCUCUGGUACCACAGGAAGAGGAGCUGGAUGGCCAGAAAAUUCAGGUGACUCCUCCAGGCUUCCAGCUUGUCUUCCUCCCCUAUGCUGAUGAUAAGCGGAAGGUGCCCUUCACUGAGAAGGUCAUGGCCAACCCAGAGCAGAUAGACAAGAUGAAGGCUAUUGUUCAGAAGCUCCGCUUCACAUACAGGAGUGACAGCUUUGAGAACCCAGUGCUGCAGCAGCACUUCAGGAACCUGGAGGCCUUAGCUUUGGAUCUAAUGGAGCCUGAACAAGCAGUGGACCUGACAAUGCCCAAGGUUGAAGCAAUAAAUAAAAGAGUAGGUCCCCUGGUAGAUGAGUUUAAAGAACUUGUUUACCCACCAGAUUACAGUCCCGGAAAAGCCAGCAAAUGGAAACCAGAUGAUGGUUCUGGAAGUAAGAGGCCUAAGGUAGAGUUAUCUGAAGAGGAGCUGAAAACCCACAUUGCCAAGGGCACACUGGGCAAGUUCACUGUGCCCACACUGAAGGAGCUGUGCAGGACCUAUGGGCUGAAGGGUGGCCUGAAGAAGCAGGAACUGCUAGAUGCUCUCAUCAAACACUUCCAGAAGGACUAACUGGAGACUAUACCUCAGCCACCUUCCACCUCACAGCCUCAUUGCCUGCUUUUGUUACCACCAAGCUAGUGUUUCUUCUAGGCUUCAAAGAGUUGUUUGACAGCUCAAGGACUUUGCAUUGAUUCGAUUAUGGAGACUGCAGCCCCCUGCUUUGCUGUGCCUUAUUCUAUGUACAUAAAGAGCUCUGACUCUGCA